AUGCUCCGCUGGAAAGCGAUGGCAGUCUUUCUGCUCUGCUCACUGCUGCUCAGCCAGACGCACUGUGCCUCCCCGCCCCACCGCCAGCCCCGGCUAACGCGGGCGCGGAGGAUGACGCCCUUCUGGAGAGGAGUCUCGCUGAGACCCAUCGGCGCCGCGUGCAGGGACAACAGCGAGUGCAUUACCAUGCUGUGCAGGAAGAACCGCUGCUUCCUCAGAACGGCCUUGGAGUGA